AAGUGGCAAAAGAUGCAACCACUUGAUGUCAACGUCAGCAACAUGGCUUCGUCUGCUGCUAAUGCGCCGUUAAUCGAUGAUGACACACCUGGAUUUGGCGAAGAAGAGAAUCCUAAACAAUUCCGGCACCCAUAUGUAGUACUUUUCCACCUUGGUUUCCGUGCAGCGGCGAUUUUGGUUUACCUUUUCUGUGGCUGGUUCUCUGAUGGGUUUGUUACGAGUUUUGUUUUUACUGUUAUUUUGCUCUCUCUGGACUUUUGGACUGUGAAAAAUAUUACAGGAAGAAUAUUGGUUGGCCUUCGGUGGUGGAGUUAUGUUGACACUGAAGGCAAAAGCCACUGGGUUUACGAAGCACGAAAGGAAGGUGAUGUCAGAAAAGUGCAUGCAGCAGAAUCUAGAGUAUUUUGGAUGGGACUGAUUAUUUUCCCUGUGGCGUGGGUCAUCCUCUUCAUCCUUGCUCUGUUUAGAUUUAGCUUUCGGUGGCUUGUUCUAGAUUGCAUUGCUCUAUCUCUUAAUGGAGCUAAUGUGUACGGAUAUCUUCGAUGCAAGCUAGGUAAGGGUUCCAACCUUACUGGAGCCGUUUCCAGCUACGCAAACGGGUUAUUCCGUCAGCAAGUCAUGGAAAAGGCCGUUAGUAUGUUGACACGGCAAGCGCAAACUACAAACGUGAACUCUGCAACCAAUGUAAUUUAGCUGACGAUAGAAAUAUUAAUGCCGUUUUCUUUUCGCAGCCACCAAUAUUCCAACUUUCAGUUUAUUUCAUUCUCAUAUAAAUUCUGUUGAAGUUAAGUUCAAUACAUUUUCUUGUAUAUGUGGAUAAA